AUGACCAUGGAAAUGGUUGAAUCGCAACAGGAUGGAAAUGCAGUGGAUUCAGUGCCAGAGAGAGAGAUCCAGAAUCAGCCAGGCCAAAGUCAGAUUUCCCCCAUAUCUCAGGUAGCACCGAUUGCAAAUGCAGAUGAGUCUGCAGAAUCGGAAGGGAUAAUUGAUUCUCAGAAACGUAGGGAAAUACUUUCAAGAAGACCUUCCUACCGGAAAAUUUUGAACGAGCUUUCUUCAGAUGCUCCUGCCGUCCCGAAAAUCGAAGAAGAAAAGUCCGAAGAGGAAGGAGCCCUUUCCGGCAUCCCUGCAAUGGCCGUGCCGACCAGCCUCUAUCAGACUAGCACAGGGCAAUACAUCGCGAUAGCUCAAGGAGGCGCAAUCCAGAUUUCCAGUCCGGCCUCCGACGGCGUCCAGGGGCUGCAGGCGCUAACGAUGACCAACUCGGGAGCCCCGCAGCCCGGCGCCACCAUCGUGCAGUACGCAGCCCAGUCGCCCGACGGCACGCAGCAGUUCUUCGUUCCUGGAAGCCAAGUUGUUGUCCAAGCUGCCACCGGGGACAUGCCGGCCUACCAGCUCCGCACGCCGGCCACGGCCCUGCCGCAGGGGGUGGUGAUGGCCGCGUCGCCCGGCGCCCUGCACAGCCCCCAGCAGCUGGCCGAGGAGGCCACGCGCAAGAGGGAGCUGCGCCUCAUGAAGAACAGGGAAGCUGCCAGAGAAUGUCGCAGAAAGAAGAAGGAAUAUGUCAAAUGUCUUGAAAAUCGUGUGGCUGUGCUUGAAAACCAAAACAAGACUCUCAUUGAGGAACUCAAGGCCCUCAAAGAUCUUUAUUGCCAUAAAGCAGARUAACUGUCUUUCAUUUGGACCUUGUUUGUUACGAACUUUAACCAAGGCAUGAGAGGAAGCAAUUCUACAGAUUGCCAUGUGAACUUGCGAGAGAGACACUUGAGGCCCUUGUGGAAUCCAGUUUUGCUUAGUGUUUUCAGAGUGAUUCGGGAGAUGUUCCAAAAUUUGGAAUUCAGUCGUAGUCUCCAUACUCUGCUGAGCUGUCUAGUAGCAUGCAAAUGGCUUUUUUGUUCGCACUUUUUACUUCUGCUUUUUGCAGGGAAGCUGCUAAAGAAUGUCGCCGUCGGAAGAAAGAAUACAUAAAAUGUCUGGAGAGUCGUGUUGCAGUGCUAGAAGUUCAGAACAAGAAACUUAUAGAGGAGCUUGAAACCCUAAAAGACAUUUGCUCUUCCAAAACAGAUUAGCAGAAAUAUUUAUUUUACUGUGAACUGACUAACAUGUGUCCGGUUACUUUAUAAGGCAAUACAUAGCCAACAUGAAUUAUGGCUUUUCUCUUUGUGUCAUUUAUAUUAUAUUCCAACUUCUAACAUUCCUGAAAGGCUUUCCUGUUUUUUGUCAAUUCUUAGCUCUGAUUUCAGGUUUUCCAUGCUGCUCUCAUCCACCUCCCAAGGAGCCAAAUGCUGAAAUGUGUAACGAGGUUAAGAAGCGCAUCAUUUCUACGAGCUAUUUCCUUGCCAUAUAUCCACAUUACUACUUUUUACAUGUUACUGAUAGCGUCCUGCACAUACAGAAUAUUUUACAGUUGUUUUAAGUGAAUCAUAAAGAUAAUGCAUCCAGUAAUACACAAAAAUCAAACUAUUUAAGGUAUCUCAGGAAAGAGUUUAUAAAAGAAUGUUAUGAUU